AGUUCUGGUUUUCCAGGACCAGCAUCCAUGACAAGAAGGUUCACUGCCAACUUGCCUCUAGAGCCGAUGUGGAAGGGUAGCACCCGUUCCAGAACCACAGUCUGGAGCCAGCUUCUCCUCCUCUCUCCAACCUGGGCUAAUGACAGCUGGCCCCUGCUUGGCAUGAUCACAGGUCUUUUCCAAGAUGUAUUUUUACCCUUUGGACAAACAGCAGUUGGGACGAGUGGGGCUAUUUUAUGAGUUGAGGCACUCGGGGCUGGAAAAUAAACAGGCAGCUAAUGAGACGUUCUUAUGAGAACUGGCAUAAAUAAUAACAAAGACAACAUCCUGUCCCUCCUGCCAACACCCUCCAGGAGGGGAUAUAAAAGCUGCUGUCGGGUUGGUGACCAUCAGACUUGGGGAACUCUGGUCGCGUUCUUGACCUGCGGCCUGACCGGCGGGGACCAUGGGGUGCUGCCCAGGGGACUGCUUCACCUGCUGUGCUGAAGAGCAAGACUGCUGUGAAGUGUGCUGCUGCCAGCCCUCCUGCUGCGGCUGCUGUGGUUCCUGCUGCGGCUCCUGCUGUGGCUGUGGCUCGGGCUGCGGAGGCUGCGGAGGCUGCGGGGGCUGCGGAGGCUGCGGGGGCAGCUGCUGCGGGUCCUCCUGCUGCGGAUCUGGCUGCGGGGGCAGCGGGGGCUGCGGGGGCAGCGGGGGCUGCGGAGGUUGCGGGGGCUGCUGCGGGAGCUGCUGCGGAUCCAGUUGCUGCGGCUCCUCUGGGUGCUGCGGCCCCGUGUGCUGCCAGCCCACGCCUGUCUGCGAGACCAAAUGAAGACCUUUCCUCCCGCCACUGAGGCAGCCCAAUGGAGAACCUCCACCUGCUCCAGGUGGAGACCCACUCGUGUCCAGGACCUUCCCCGCCCCCUAAGACGGUGUCCUGCCUCUCGUGUUAACCUGAAGCUGAAGGCUUGUUUUCCAAGCCUGCCCUGGCUUUUCAAGGCGUUGAGAACAAGAGCCACAUGCUGAUGAGAAACCUGGGUCCCACCCACAGUGGUACCUGAAGCUCAAAGGGUGAAGCCCUAUCUAUGACUUUUUUUUCAUGAAGUUGAAAGAGCAUCUUAUUCAAGGUGGCUUUGGGACUGACCCCUCCUCCUCGGCUGGCUUUUCUGCCGCUUUGAGGUGUGAAAAUUUCUCUUCAGUUAACUUAAUAAAUUCAAGAUCGCUGGCAUAACCAAAGUA